AUGGCUCUCGCACUCGGACAUGAUGAGCUUGAAAAGCAAGCCGCCAUCGUUGAUGAGCAGAGGCGACAAGAAGCAACGCGUACGGAUGCGUCCUCGAGAUUCAUCCUCGAUAUCCAGAGCUCUCUCCUGUACUCCAUGAACUGGAGCGAAUUCCUCUCAGCCGCCCCGAUGGCCAUCAGUCUUAUGGGUGCGUGCUAUGUCGCAUCAACGGUUCCCGGCGCGACCUCUAUAACGCUGUCUCCGCCUGAAGGGGGCUUCAAGCAUUUAAGCUGGAGGUCCCUCAAUGCAAACCUAAUUGAGUGUUCCGAUAUGGGUCGAAUCGCCUUCACCCAGGCUGAGGUCAACCUGGGAAACAUUGCCCUUGUUUCCACGAAUAUGUUCAAUAUUAUUAAAGACAUUAUAAGCACCCUCGGGGACCGGAAUGCUGCCAAGGACCUGAAAUUCCACAUGCAGUCUCUGAGAAAGGGGGCAACCAGAUGCCAAGAAUCAAUUACUGAGGUCGAAGAAAGUUUCAACUUGUGGCAAGCCUACGUCCUAGAAUUGCACCAAGCAAGUGUUCAGGAGGAGACAAACACUGAAAACAUGAUCCUUCACAACGAGAUUGAGCUGGAGGCUAAAAAGAGCCGGCUCUCUGGAGUUACUGAAGCGCGAGAUAUGGCCAAGGCGGCAGUUGAGAGAAUGGGAAAAGCCCUCGAUACCGCGGAAGAUGCAUUCAAAGAUGCUGCUGAUAAGUUUCCGUCUGGGUGGGAGGUGAUUGGGAUGCAGUUUGUAUCAUCAGUCGCAAAUACGCUUUCGUCUACAAUGGGAGCAGGAAUGCUUUCUUCAAUGGGCAACACUGGCUCCGUUUUGCAGGCGAUCAACAUAUUUUCCUCGGCAGCCUCUGGAGGAAGAAAUGUUGAAGCCACCAACAAGACAGAGCCCAGCAACCGGCUUCAGAUUCCUGACGUGGACGAUCCGGCAUUCACUUAUGUCCCAAUGGUGCUCUCCAGCGUGCGAUCCUUGGGAGCAUUGCUAAGCGGCAAGGAUGGCGGGGUUGAUUGGGAUAGCAUAGUGAAACCCGGAAGCGAAGACGGCUUCCGUUUCAUUAAAUCUCUCUUUGAGAAAGCAAAGGGCUCGCUACAAGCGUCUGAGCGACCACCCAGCAAAAAGCUCAAUCAAGUAUUGGACACCACAAUCGAGGUUAUGGAUGAAGUAUCCGAUACUGCAGCGCAGUUGAAUGAACUUGGGACAAACCCUCCAGACAAAUCUUCGGAAAAGGUUGUUAGGUGGAAUCGGCUGGUCAACGAAGCACGUGAGGCACUGCUGGAGCUGAACGGUAUCCUUCAAGCUGUGCCUGGGGGCGCCUCUGGACAGACUCCUCUGGUAAAUGCCGGGCAGCCUGUAUCCAGCCAUGGCAGAUCUGACUCUUUGGUCGCCAACUACGUCGAAAGUGCCAAGUCGAAUCUGGAGCUCACUCUAGCUGGGUUCACCGCUGCCCAAUCCAACUACCAGAAAGCGUCAGACAGUCUUGUUGAUGUUCAAGUAGCUCUCUCUGGUAUCAUGGAGGAGCUUGCAGUACUCCAAUCGAACAAGAUAUCCUUUACAACGAUCAAAAAUAUCCUCAUCAAAUGCAUCUCCACGCUCUCCAAGCUCAAGGCGGAGAUUACAAAAUUGGCUCGAUUCUUCCUUGCGAUUGGUCAAAUGAUCGAUCAUGCAAUGGAAAACCAGAUCGUUAGGUUCAUUGACUACGUGGAAACCGCAACGAGCGAUGGGCCAUCGAUUGCGGGCUUCACAUUUACAGAUCUUCGCCGCCAGACAAUCUUUACAUUCACAAUGAUGAUACGUGCUUACCUUGGCAUGUUUCGUGGCAUUGGCUUGAUGUAUACAUCGGUGUCCAAAGAAUACAUCUUUCCAGGCCUCGAGUUGUGUGAACAGCUCAGCGUCGAGGCCAAUGCCUCCAACAGUCAGCAGAAUGUCAUGGACAAGAAAUUGAGAGAUCUCAAUAGUUUCAUGAAAGAUGCACAGAAUGGUGUCAAAUCUACGGUCAAAGAUAAUCAACAAGAAAUAAUGGGAAACCUCGAGGAGUACGCUCAAGAAGUUGCCGAGAAUUUGCAAAUGCUUUCGCCCAUUGCUUCAUCCGACAGGCAGGCAAUCGCAUCCGGAACUCAGGUAGUCACUACUACUGUUCACGAGCAGAUUGACAGAGACAAGGGGCUACUCCUGAGGCCAUUCAAUGACAUUGGCUCCUUAUUGAUAAUCACAGAGGAGAACACAGAGAGGGAUUUUUUCGCAGUCUGCUCUGGCUUCUUCAGUAUGGCAGCGACAGUCUCGCCGAUGAAAGGAGACGUUUUUUGCUGCUUAAUAAAAAAGUUUUAUAAAAAAUAA